AUGGCGUCCGCAUACGCCGUGCUCAACGGAUCGACGUCCUCCUACGCCAACGCCGCCUCCACGAACCAGUCACCUCAGCAACAACAAGAGCCAGCUCCAUUCACACGCACAAGCCUCUCGCGCUGGUCCGUCCUACCGCCGUCACAGACCCUCCCGCCCGUCUCCCGGAUCAAGUCCCUCCACGUCUACGACUUCGACAACACCCUCUUCAAGACCCCCCUUCCCAACCCGUCCCUCUGGCAGGGUCCCACGAUUGGCAUCCUCACGAGCCAAGACACCCUCGCCAACGGCGGUUGGUGGCAUGAUGCCCGCAUCCUCACCGCCACCGGCGAAGGCAUCGACAAGGAGGAGCCCCGCGCGUGGGAAGGAUGGUGGAACGACAAAAUCGUCGACCUCGUCCGGCUGAGCAUGAAGCAGCCCGACGCCUUCACCGUGCUUCUCACCGGCCGCGCCGAGAGUGGCUUCGCCGAGCUGGUGAAGCGCAUCGUCAAGGCAAAAGGGUUGGAGUUCGACAUGAUUGGCCUCAAACCCGUCGUCAGCCCGGAUAACCUCCGCUUCGUCUCAACCAUGCACUUUAAGCAGCUCUUCCUCAACGCCCUCAUGGAGACCUACAGCCAGGCCCUCGACAUUCGCAUCUACGAGGAUCGGCCAAAACACACAAAGGGCUUCCGCGACUUUCUCGCCGAGUACAACCGUCGCCAAACCGAAACGCCCACCCGCGGGCCCAUUGCCGCCGAGGUCAUUCAGGUCGCCGACACGAAUCGCUCGCUCGACCCCGUCGUCGAGAUCGCCGAGGUCCAGCACAUGAUCAACGCGCACAAUGCCGUGGCGCAGCGCGACCCGGGCCGCAAGCGCUACGUCAUCAAAAAGACCGUCUUCUUCACGAGCUACAUCAUCGCCCAGGAGGACUCGGAUCGCCUCCUCCGCCUGGCCAACAUCCCCGCCAGCCGGGGCGACGGAAACAUGCUCUUUCAUGGCAACAACAUCCUCAUCUGCCCGCGUCCCAACACACCCGCCCAUCUCGUCCAAAAGGCCGGCGGCAUGGGCGCCAAGAUGAAGUGGCAGCUCACGGGGUUCGGCACCCACCACGACAGGAUAUGGGCCGCCUCACUCCAACCCGUGCCGCACGACGCGUCCUACCAUACCGACCACCACGUGCCCAUGGUCGUGCUCGCGCUCAAAAAGGGCGCCAAACCCGCCGAGGCGAGCAAGAUUGACCGCUGGACGCCCGUGUCCGCCGAGGACGCCAUCGUCUUCGAGACCACCGUGGGCGAAAAGGUAUCGCUACGUAUCGAGGCGGAGGGCGGGGCUGAUCACGGACACCGCGGUUCGAAGCGCAAACAGCGGGAGGAAGAGUCCAGCGGGGGCGAGUGGUCGCGACAGGGUCCUGGUCGCGGUGCUGGUCAUAAUACCAGGGGCCAUCACACAUCCGGCCGCGGAAGUGGCAAAGCCGGUGGCCGGGGACAUCAGAACCGCGGCGGUGGCGCCAACAAGGGCGGCAACCAGCGCGGUGGCCGGGGCCGAGGACGCGGAGCAGGCGGGGGCUUCAACUACCGAUCACUAGACGACGUGGGCCGCCACGGGAACGAUGGCUACACGCAGAGGAGAGGCGGAGGAGGGAAUGGGAGCGGUCGUGGCCGUGGACAUGGCCAUGGGCGAGGCGGUGGUGGUGGACAGGCCGGGGGCCAAGAUGUGGGGAGCUAUUACUGA